AUGAAACCACUCCCCUUCCUCGCGGCAGCCGCCGCCCUCCCCCUCGCCCUGGCAGCCCCCUACAACACUUUCGACGGCCCGGGCUUCCCGGCCUGCAACGACGUCGCGACCGUCCACAACGCGACCUCCGUCGCCGAGAUCCAGUCCCUCGUGAAGGACGCUGUCGCCGCGGGCCAGAAGGUGCGCGCCUCGGGCAAGGGCCACAUGUGGUACGACACCAUGUGCUCCGACGACGCGAACACGGUGAUCAUCCGCACGGAGGAGGUCAACGGCAUCUCUGAGUUCGACCUCGAGGGCGGCACCGUGGUCAUCGAGGCGGGCGUGACGUUCCUGCAGCUGGCCGAGUACCUGCACGCGCGCGGCGCGUCGGCGGGGUACACGCUCGUGAACUGGAACAUCACGCUGGCGGGGUGCGUGGCGAUGGGCGCGCACCGGUCGAGCAUUCGGGAAGAUUCGAUGGUGGCGGCGGGCGUGCUGGAGCUGGAUAUCGUGGAUGGGAAUGGGGAGAUGAGACAUGUGGUCAAGGAUGAGGGGAGCGACGAGUGGCUGGCGGCGUCGACUAGCUUGGGGCUGUUGGGGGUUAUUGUGCGGAUGAAGUUUAGGAUUUAUCCUGACUUUAAGGUCUAUGCUGACCAGAAGACUCUGGAAGAAGAUGAGGUCCUUGAUGGCGACAUAUACGGCAUGAUCUCCCCCUACGCGACGGCAAACUUCUGGUGGUGGCCCUACAAGCGCAAGUUCCACUGGCGCUACUACGACGUCGUGCCCACCAACAUCUCGGAGCAGCAGGGCUUCCAAAACACCUUCUCCGUCACGGACCUCGAGGGCAACACGGCCAAGACGCUCCUCGACAGCGGGCGCUACCUGCCGACGUCCAACAUGCUGGCCGAAGAAAUCUUCUUCGGCCUCUGGUCCAAGCCCAACUUCCGCGAGAAGACUACCAACACGGCCAUCGACACGUGGCCCGUCUACGGGUGGAACUACGACGUGCUCAUCGGCGGGCUGUACCCGGACCAGCGCCCGCUGUGGGAGGUCGGCGUGCAGGGCUACACGAUGGAGCUGGCGUUCCCGAUCACGCAGGCGAACGCGAUGCUGCGGCGCGUGCGGCAGCUUUUUGACGACGAGCUGAAGAAGCUUGUCGUGAUGACGUCGACGUACCGGAGCGGGAUUAACAUCAAGUUCGGGCGGCCGUUUGAGGGAUUUUUGAGCCAGGUGGCGACGAACACGAGCGACGGCGCGGACUGGAGUAAGGGGGCUAUCAUGUUUGAUUUUCCGACGUUUAGGACUACUGUGGGGGAUCACAGCCGGUUCAACGAGCCGUUUUAUCACAACCUUGCCAAGGUCCUUAUUGACGAGUUCCCGUGCCGCCCGCACUGGACCAAAAACACGAGGGAGAUCUUUGCGAACGCUACAAAGAAUUUGGAUCCUGAUCACAUUGCUCGCUUCAAGGCUGUGAGGGAGCAGUUUGAUCCUAAUGGAGUCUUCAAGAGCGUCGUUGGUGAGGCUAUUGGAGUCUACUAG